AUGGCUGGAGAUCAUCCAUACAAGAGGAAAUUUUUGCAUUUCACUACAAUCAUACUUGGCAGCUUGUUCCACGCGAUACCAACAUGCAUGUCAUUGUAUCUAAAAUGGGAUCUUAAACCAAAACUUAAACCAGAUGGAACUCUUGAUUGCUUAAAAGCACGCUUGGUUGCCAAGUGUUACAACCAAAUUGAUGGUAUUGAUUACAUUGACACAUUCUCGCCUGCCAUCAAACCUGGAACCAUACGUCUUGUACUCAGUCUUGCUUUAGUUCGACACUGGGAUAUUCAACAAUUAGAUGUUAAAAAUGCUUUCCUCCAUGGUAUAAUUACAGAGGACAUUUACAUGGAACAACUUCCAUGUAUGAUUGAUUUCAACUUCCCCGACCAUUCUCACUAUGCUCUUACCAUUCUUGAAAAAGGUGGCAUGGUCCAUUGCAAGCAUAUGCGUACACCGCUUGAAGCUAAAACCAAGGGACUUCACAAUACUGCUCCACUUGCGGAUCCUACACCAAUUUGUAACAUAGUUGGCGCUCUCCAAUAUCUCAUCCUCACUCGACCUGAUCUCGCUUUUAGUGUCAAUUUUGUGUCUCAAUUUAUACAUGCUCCUAAUCAGUCAUAUCUUAAAAUGGCUCGCUGCAUUUUGCAUUAUGUCAAAGGGACAAUUACUUUUAGACUUGAUCUUACAUCACACACUAAACUCAAUCUUUAUGCCUUCUUAGAUUCUGAUUGGGCAGGUUGCCCUUAUCAGGAUUAUGCCCUUAAAUGCCAAUGA